CAUAAAUAACAGCAGGAGUGAUCUAACCCUAUACAGCCCAUCUUCUACGUGCAAAAACAGCGUGUGGAGGACGGCCACAUCUCCGAUUGAAAACAAGUGGAUCUCUGUGGAUAAGAUCACCGGGCAGCCAUGGAAGAACUUACGGCUUUUGUAUCCAAAUCUUUUGACCAGAAAAGCAAAGAGAGCAGCAGCGGCAGUGGCAGCGGCAACAAGAAGGAGACGAUCACGUACAGGGAAGUUUUGGAGAGUGGGUUGGCUCGCUCUAGGGAGCUUGGAAACUCUGAUUCUAACCUGCAGGACAUGACCGAGAGCAGCAACCAUUGCCCGGUGCAUCUUUUCAAAGACCACGUAGAGAGCGACAAGGACAAACUGAAGGAGUUCAACACGGGCAGGACAGCGGAAGGGAUAUACGAAUGCAAAGAGAAGAGGGAAGAUGUGAAGUCAGAAGAUGAAGACGGACAGACCAAGCUUAAACAAAGGAGAAGCAGAACCAAUUUCACACUAGAGCAGCUGAACGAGCUGGAAAGACUUUUUGAUGAGACUCACUAUCCGGAUGCCUUCAUGAGGGAGGAACUAAGCCAGAGGCUGGGACUAUCUGAAGCUAGGGUUCAGGUCUGGUUCCAGAACAGGAGAGCAAAGUGCCGAAAGCAGGAAAACCAGAUGCACAAAGGUGUGAUCCUGGGAACCGCCAGCCAUUUAGAUGCCUGCAGAGUAGCCCCCUAUGUGAAUAUGGGAGCCCUGAGGAUGCCUUUCCAACAGGUCCAGGCGCAGCUGCAGCUGGAGGGCGUGGCCCACGCGCACCCGCACCUGCACCCGCACCUGGCGGCCCACGCGCCCUACCUGAUGUUCCCGCCGCCGCCCUUCGGGCUGCCCAUCGCCUCCCUGGCCGAGUCCGCCUCCGCCGCCGCCGUGGUGGCCGCCGCCGCCAAGAGCAACAGCAAGAACUCCAGCAUCGCCGACCUGCGGCUGAAGGCCCGGAAGCACGCUGAGGCCCUGGGGCUCUGACACGCUUCCCCCGAGUCCCCCGUCACACCCCGCCCCGGGUACCCGCGGCGGGCGGGCGUGUGACCCGCACGGACCGCCGCUCUGCCCCCCCGCUCCUCCUCAUCCUCCUCCUCCCCGGCUGCAGGGCGAGCAGCGAGCGCUCCGGCCAGCCCUGCCGCCUUAUCUCUCUUUUUAAUUUUAUUAUAUAUAUUUUUGUUUUGUUUUGUUUCUUUGCCCUUCCCCGAGGUCUGCGAGCGCCGCUUUGCCCGCCCGGCCGCGGGGACUGGGCGGCCGGAGGCGCCGCGUGGCGCGGGGGGGACUCUCCGCCCGCCGCGGACACAACACACGCGAGCAGCAAACACGCACCCGCCAGUCAGAGACUCCUCGGAGGACAAAGUAGGUGGGAGGAGAGAGAAACGAGAGUUUAAAAAAAAAAAAAUCACAAAAAAGAGGAAAGGAAACCAUCUCUAAAUUAUGUUAAUCUGUGAACAUUGGGGACACUUUGGAUUUUUUGACCCUGGCAAAAGCGAUCGCUCCGGCAUAACGUCAUCUGCUGCUGUCAGUUUUGCUACCUUGUGCAUGUGUCAAACUAAACACGUUUUGAAGAUCAGAAAUAUAUUAGAACAAAACUAAACAAAACAAAUAGUAAUAAUAAUAAAUAAUAAAUCCUUGGG